CGAUCAUUAUGUAUCAUGUGUUAGAAAGCGUCUGCAUAAGGCAGCUAAUUGUAUCAUUCCGCCUAUACAAAGAUUAUAUUUUAGACAAAAAGGGUAUUCAUUUAACGAUGUUUUAUAUUGUGGUUAAUAUAUAUUUAAAAGAAGCUCUCAGUAUAAUGCAGUUGUUUUCUGAAAGUUAUCAGUAAAGUACAGCACAAGUUUUAAGACAUUUCUAAAAAGAAAUAUUGCUAAUAUAAAUGUGUCCUUGUAGAUUUUAUGUCAUUUCUACUAUUAAUGUCUAUUUAAUGAAUGACGUGUAAACAUUUGAACAAACAGCAAUAUUUAAUAGGUAUAAAUAUAAAAUAUCUUAACAAUAUAUAAAACUAUAAGAAAGCUCUUAGUGUGAAAUUCCACACCACUCCAAACUACAACCACAUAAACAAAAAUAUUACUACAUGAAUCUCAAUAAAAAAUAGAGCAUUAUUACCUUUGUGAAUGCUGAAUUUUGGAUACAGUUCGUGUCGGAUGAGAUUAGGUUGUGUACCUAAUGAAGUGGCCCAUGAUUGUACAUUCCUGAUAUGGUACUGUAAACGACCACAAUAAACAAUGCGCUCGCCGCACGUGCCACAUGGUCUUGUGAUGACAUAUGGCAGGGACAAUGCUCUAAAGAAGUUGACACGAUGGUGUCAGGGUUCACAAGGUGAGCAGGAAGGCACAACAGGAUAAGAGAAUGCACGACAGAACUUGGAAAGAGAGCGAGAGAGAUACAAGGAAUUAGCACUAAUGUUUUAUUAAAUGACUGACAGGAAUUUUGGAAGGCCAUGUGAGGGGAGACAUCACAGCUUAUGUAACUGUUGUUCAUGCCAUAUAUAUAGACAGACCAACAGACAGAUAGAAGUACAGAGGGUUUAUGAUCCAAAGCAUACCACAUCAUGAUGGUGGGGGAUGGAGAAGGAUAGGGGGUUGACGUCAACCCGAAUUUGCCGGCUACCGACAUAGUAUCGGAGACGUAACAGCACGUGUGAAGUUUAUUGCCUGAGACGCACUGCCUACAGCCCUUUUUCUCGAACAUGAAUUUCGCUGAUGUUGCCACGCAUCUAAUUAUCUCAAUGCGGAGCCGCAACGACUAUAUGAACAUGCACUUUGGACAGGGCAAUAUCACGCUUUGGUGAGCUCUGUCUGAAAGACAGAGAAAAAUAAAUCUUGGCUCUACCGUUUGGCCGCUGAGCAGCCAAUUAACCGGGAAUCGAGAAAAAUAUUUUCGGACAGCAAGAACUGCUUUCAACGUGACUGGGCGACAUACAUGAGUAUUAAACCUCACCGUCCCCUCCAAUUGUGGAAUAGAUACGAUUAGAUUAGAUUAAAUUUGUCCCACAAGUGACAAGUACAAGGCAACGAAAUGCAGAUUACAUUGAACUGUAAGUACAUAAUCAUUAAUGAAAUAGCAUUUAGAGUAUAUACAACGUGGAAGACAUGACUUGUAAAUAUACAGUAAACCCCCACUAUUCCUGGAGGAUAGGGAAUGAGCCUUGGCGCGAAUAGCGAAAAUCCGUAAAUAAUUGUAAUUGUAUAUAGAUGCCACAAGAUGGUGGCAAAGUACUUAAAACACAGAGGACCAUAAUGCACCAACACCAUGCAUUUAGAAUGUACACAAUCAUGAAUCCUCAUGUUACAUAAUUGACUGUAUUCAAUUAAUUAUAAAUUAGCAAACAAAUCACCUGCACAUGAGACUCAUCAAUAGUAUUAUCUAGCAUACUACCCUAAAUAAUACACGAGCAAAAACUGACUAGACAUUACACACAGGCAAACAAAUAUGCACACUAGCGCGUUACACAAACGGUAUUAUGCAUUAAACUCACCUUUUUGCAUUUACAUACAAUUAUACAACGGCUAUUAAGAGUACCUACAUUGGGAGAGAAGCAAAAACAUACUUUCACUUGCACUUUGACUGUGCACAAAAUGCAUUUAAGGACUUUCAAUAAAACAGGAUAUCUCAAAACGCAGAUUUAAAAAAACAACACACGAAUUAAUUAAACCUUACAUCCAAACCAAGAUUCCAUGAGAUGACAUGAGAGUAAUUUAUUUAUUGCUUUGGAGUGAGCACCAAAACAGCAAAUGACGACCGGUGGCUGAGCUAUAGGGCGUAUGACAAAGUGAGCCUACUUAUGGUAUACAGUAUAUACUGUUCUUAUAUUUCAACUCCUUAAGUGACUAUUUUCUUUCUAAAGCAAUGAACAACAAGUCACGCAACAUUUUUUGGUGUUAUUUAAGACUUCUGAAGACACUCACCCUUCCACGUCCAGACUGCAAAUGAACGGCACAACCAUGAAACCACCACUGGCUAAUGACUGGCCAACUAUCUGUAUACAAUAAAAGCAUUUAAAAAGUCAAUUGUCUUAUUACUUUAUGUCCCAUUUAAGGCUAAAAGUCUCUGCUUCAAUUACUCUUUCGAAUUGUUGAAAACUCGUAAGAAUACUCCUAGGUCUGACAGAUGGAUAAGAGGUUAAAAGUGCACACCAGGUCUUUGUCAUGUGUCUUCAGAAUGUGUUGUGAGGGUGCGUGGCGAGGAUCGACACCCGUGUAUUAAGUGACUCAGCAGAACCUUUAUUGGACGGAGGUUCCGUCUCACCUCUUCACUCCACAAAAAUCGGGACAGUGAGACCACACAGAAAAAGGUUCUACGACAAGAAGACGACUGCAAGGAACGUGAUAAGCCCAGCGCCAUGCCCCUAAACGUCGGCGACACUGGCUACGGCAGCGUGGACCGCCCGGGCCUCUCGGCCAGCGGGGCCGCCGGCAACUCGGAGACGGCCGCUCUGUUCCAAUUAACGGGGGAGGAAGAGCAGGAGCGGCGGCCCAUGAGCAAGGAGGCGCUGGAGGAGUCGGCGGGCGGGCCCGCCUGGAGGAGGCUCCGCUGUUACCUGGUCGUGCUCUUCUGGCUGGCGUGGAUGGCCAUGUUGGCGACCGCCGUGGCCAUCAUCGUCACCAGCCCGCGGCCCGUGGCGACGCCGCUGGCCUGGUGGCAGAAGUCUCUCUUUUUUCAGCUGCAGCCUGACCUCUUCACCGCGACGCCACCUGGGGGCUCAGGGGUCGUCGACGCGCUGUGUGACCAGCUUCCGUACUUCAAGUCUUUGGGCAUCAGCGCGCUCAUCCUGAGGGGCUUGUUUGACCCGAUAAACGCCACCGAGAGCGGGGGGCGCUCAGGAGCGCUGCCGCACGUCCAGCAUCUGCUCAGCGAGAGCGACAGAGUGGGCCUCAAAGUGCUACUGGAUGUGUGCGAUGUGCAGCUCUUUGGGACUCGUGAAGACGAGACGAAAGAACCUUUGGAUGCCACACAGCACGCACUUCGCUUCUGGUUGGGUCAAGGUGUGGUGGGAUUUUUGAUUUGUGACACAGAUGCAGCCUAUACAGAAGAGUCUCUGAUGCUGUGGAGAAGUAUUGUGGAGGAGUUCAAUAAAGAAGAUGAAGAAAGGAUUGUUGUGGUCAAACAGACGCGAGAGCUCCUUCCCCCGCUGAGAGUCUCUGGCCAGCAACUCAACGUCACCUUGGUGGACGUGGUCCUGAGAUCCGUGCUGCCCGACUCGCCUCGCCUGCUGUCGGCCCGCCAGGUGGCCGGCGCCAUUGAGACUCACCUGCAGAUGGCUGAAGACACGUGGCUUGGCUGGAUGGUUGGAGGAAAAGCCCCUUUUGACUUGAGGAGACUGCUGCUGGUGUUGCUCAUGACACUGCCAGGGACGCCCGUGGUCCAAUAUGACCAACUGGACCACGCACAGGGAGGAAAUGGCAGCAAAUCAUCUGACUUCACAGAAAAGUUCAAGUUGAAGCGUUCCAUAGUGGCCCUCUUCAGCUCCCUGAGUCACAACAGAGCGCGUGAAGAAGCGCUCCUCUUCGGAAGCUUCACCUUCCUCCCCUUCAACGACUCCUCCAACGCAACGCUGUCCUCUCCGUCGUCGCCGCCCAUCCUGGCCUUCCUUCGCUCGUGGGGCUGCGUCCACUUCCUGGUGCUGCUCAACACCGGGUCCGAGCCCCGCGGCCUGGAUCCCGCCUGGGAGAUCAGCCUGCCCGAGGCCGGUGUCUUUGUGGCCAGUACGGCGAUGGACCGCCUGGGCGCCGUCACCCUCCAUACGCUGGUGCUGCGGCCCCGCGAAGCCGUGGUGGUCAAACUGUUUGAGCCAGGGAACUACUCAUAAUGUUCAUAUAUAGUAAACAACAUGACAUUUUUAAAAAAUUGUCUCAUUUGUCUGUGUCUGUGUCAAACAGGUUUUCUCCACUUAGCGCCACUGAGAGUCAAGCAUCGUACUGCGAAGGCCACUAAGUGGUGGAAUAGAACAAAAAAGCCUCUCCGCUAAAAAAAUACUUUGAUUUUCAAGUACCACCAGACCAACAUUGAAAUACAGUAGUAGGCCCAAGUGUUCAUCAAACACGGAGCAGAGUUUUUAUUCCUAAAAAGUAUGAUUCAUAUUAUUGUAAACCCCUGUAAUAUUAUGCAUAGUUUGAACACAUAAUUGCACAUAAACACCAAAUAAUGUGUUUACCUAAAGGUUAGAAAACAUUUUAAAUGAUUAAAUGCAAAUGUACUCAAACGUUAAAUACAACUGAACUAUUCUAAAAAUCAAGCAAUCAAAAAAGGUUGAAGCCACUGUGACAUGCAUAUGUUGAAAAUUUAAUUCAGCAAUGCUUUCACAUACCACUAGAGGGAGCCCAAACAGUUGGAUAAUCACUGUACUAUGUCAAGCUAUAAUCCUGUGUUUCUCACCCGCCAAGUACUGAGUCAACUCCUGUACUUAGGUAAAAAGCAAAACAUUACAGACCCUGAAUUUGAGUACAGUAGCUUGCUUCUACAAAUCUGGUGCUAUUGUCCUUAAUGCUCCCUGACUCACGUUGCUGUUACAUAUUUUUCACAUUAUUUUUAUUUGUAUGAAUUUCUUCACAAUUUUUUUUUCCCUAUUUGGGGUUGCUUUCAUCCAUCCAUUUUCUGAGCCGCUUCUCCUCACUAGGGUCGCUGGCGUGCUGGAGGCUAUCCCAGCCAUCAUCAGGCAGGAGGCAGGGUACACCCCGAACUGGUUGCCAGCCAAUCGCAGGGCACAUAGAAACAAACAACCAUUCGCACUCACGUUCACAUCUACGGGCAAUUUAGAGUCGCCAAUUAACCUACCAUGCAUGUUUUUGGGAUGUGGGAGGAAACCGGAGUGCCCUGAGAAAACCCACGCAGGCACGGAGAGAACAUGCAAACUCCACACAGGCGGUGCUGGGGAUUGAACCCCAGUCCUCAGAACUGUGAGGCAGAGGCUCCAACCAGUCUUCACUGUGCCGGGUUGCUGUUAUUGCAUCUU